AUGGAAUCCGGUGACUGUGACGGCGACAACACUGCUGUAUCUGCUCUGCUUCAGGGUGGUGUGAAAAGGGUUGUCAUUGGAAUGAGACACCCUUUGCAACAUUUUAGAGGCAAGGCUGUUCGUGCACUCAGAAGUCAAGGAUUGCAGGUUGAUCUUCUCGGAGAGGAUCUCACCAGUAAGCUUAUAGAGGAUGCUCAGAAAGAAUGUCUUCUUGUUAAUGCUCCUUUGAUUUGUAGAGCUCAUUUGCAUGUUCCCUUUUCUGUUCUCAACUAUGCUAUGACCCUUGACGGUAAAAUUGCUGCUAGCACUGGUCAUGCAUGUUGUAUAAGCAGCAAGAAAUCUAAAAAUCUAGUUUAUGAGCUGCGAGCCAGAAGCAAUGCAAUAAUUGUGGGAGGAAAUACAGUUCGAAGGGACAAUCCAAGACUGACGGAGAGACAUGGAGGCGGGCAUAUGCCAAUACGUAUUGUAAUGUCUCAGUCCCUCGAUCUUCCAGACAAAGCAAACCUAUGGGACAUGACUGAGGUUUCUACCAUAGUUGUAACACAGAGAGUUUUCUGGGAGUGCGGAGGAACCUUGGCCGCAUCUGCUAUUUCAUCCGGAGUCAUUCACAAGAUUCAUGCAUUUGUUACUCCUAAAAUUAUUGGUGGAAAUAAUGCACCAUCUCCUGUCGGUGAUCUUGGGAUGGUUGAGAUGUCACAGGCUUUAAAUCUGAUUGAUGUUUCCUAUGAGCAGAUUGGGCCUGACAUGCUUGUUAGCGGAUUUCUUCAACCGAUAUUGAACAUGGCACCGACAAUCCCAUCACCAGAGGAAACUUUUGUUGUUGACCCUACUGUCUCACCUUAUGAAUCCAACACCAUAUUUUUCUACGUAUCAUGGGAUACUUAUGGUGCAUUGUCAAAUUUCUCUCCUCAUCCCAUUCAAAUGCCCGAUGAAAAUGGCGAUAGCGUGACUUGGUUGAGUGUGGAACAUUACUACCAGGCGCACAAGUUUGUUGGAGUGGAUGAUACUGCUGCGCGGGAUUGUAUUGAAAGGAUCAAAUCUUCAAAAAGUCCUGAAGAAGCUGCAAGAAUGGGAAGGUCAAUGCAAAAAAAGCGUCCUGAUCUGAUAAGGCCUGACUGGGACAGCAAGAAGAUCGAUGUCAUUUGA